CUAGAGGGACGGCGUUCCUGAGGUAGGCGGGCUCAGGACCGGCAGCUCCUUCCACUUUCAGAGAAGCUGUGGCGGUGGGAGAGACCCCUCCCCCUUGGGGGACAGUGGGUGACGCUGAGAGUGUCAGUGCUCUAAUGACGGGACACUAGCUCCCAGUUUCCGCCCGGCAGAAUAUCAAUGGAUAUAAUAAAAGGAAACUUAGACGGAAUUUCAAAACCAGCCUCAAAUUCAAGAGUACGUCCUGGGAGCAGAGGUUCAAAUGCUUCUUUGGAGGUGCUCUCACCAGAACCAGGAUCCUUCAAGGUUGGUACUGCAGUCAAUUUGAACUCUGGUAAAGAGAGCCACUCAGAAAGCAAUAAUACAGAGGAAAGUAGAAACAGUAAUGAUGAUAAAGGCGAAGACUACUCUGAGAAAAUACAGUUGGCUGAAGAGGGGUCAGAUGAAGAUCUGAACUUGGUUCAACAUCAGAUAAUCCCUGAAUGUUCAGAUGAAUCUGAAUUAAAAGAAUUAGAUUCUCAACUUCAAGAUGCUAUUGAGAAGAUGAAGAGGCUUGAUAAGAUAUUGGUGAAGAGACAAUGUAGAGAAAAAGAAAUUAAGAAGCGAGGUCUAGAAUUGAGAAUAAAGCUGUGGGAAGAACUGAAGUCUGCAAAAAAUAGUGAAGCUUUGCAAAGUAAUGAGGAGAUGGAAAAUACAAAAAAAUUUCUAGCUUUGACUGCUGCAUCAGAAGAAACUGUUGUAGAUCCUUCUUGCUAUGAGCAUGAAGAUACUUUUUUCCCGGUGUUUCACACUCAAGUCCCUCCAGAAGAAUAUGAAAACCGUAUACAGAAUGUCAGUCAAGAUUUUACCUAUGAUGUGGAAAGAAAUGAGUCAUUGAUCAAAGCAGAGAAGAAACCUGUCUCAAACACAGAAAAGACUGAGCUCAGGGGUAAAAACAGCCAGGAUUUUAUUAAGCGAAACAUUGAGUUGGCCAAGAAUUCAGGAAAACCAGUGGUUAUGACUGACAGAGAGAAGAAAAGGCUGGUUGAACUUUUGAAGGAUUUGGAUGAUAGAGAUUCGGGGCUGUCCAGUUCUGAGGGAGAUCAGUCUGGCUGGCUGGUCCCAGGAGAAGGAUACACACUUGCAGUCACCCAGCAUCAGCAGCUUGCUGAAAUUGAUAUGAAACUCCAAGAACUCUCUGCAGCCUCCCCGGCAAUUUCCAGCUCUUCUUCAAGACUUGAACAUCAGAAUGAUGAGGAGCCUGACCUUACUGGUGAUGUUAAAAAUAUGGAAAUAACUCCAGGAGAAAAGGUACUUCAGAACACCAAAGAGCAACGGGAUCAGCAGAAUCGGUUGAAAGAGAUAGAUGAAGAGCUAAGAAAGAUGAAGGAAAAUGUGUUAGAUUCAACAUCACUUCUCUCUGAGGAACAGUUAAGGCAUCUUCUGGAUGAAUGCACAUUCAAACAAAAAUCCAUAAUUAGACUGUCUUCAGAAGGAGAAAAGAAAGACAUUGCGGAUAUCACACCUGAGUUUCCCCAGCUUUUCAGAUCCGUUCUCUCUGAGUCACAAAAUGGGUCAAAAACAAAGAUCAAAAGCACUGAGGUGGAAGAUGUAAAUAUGCCUGAGAAUGCAGAAUGUGAAACAUCUAGAGGCUACUAUCUCACCAAAGCCUUGACAGGGCAUUAUAUGUCACAAGCUCUUGUCAUUGAAGCAGAGAAUAUGAGAUGCCUCCAGUUUUCUGAGGACAAGGUUAUUAGUGACACAACAGACUAUUUUAUGUCGAAGACUCUUGGCAUUGGAAGACUGAAAAGACCCUCUUUCUUGGAUGAUCUACUGUAUGGCAUCGAUGUGAGCCUUUCUUCCAAAGACCAAUAUCUGAAACUUAGCUCUCCAGAGAAACCAAAACCAGAUGAACGGGAGACUGAAGAUAUGACAGAAGAAUGUAAAGAAUCUUAAGCAAAGACUUGCUGGGGUGUGCUUUUAAGAAAGUUGGUAAAUUAAGUUAAAUCACAUUUUUUUCCAGAUUCUUUGAAUUCAAUGAAUGCAUUGUAGAGGCCGUUCCUCAAAUGAUGGUUUUAAUGUUUGGAUUUCUCUCUUUCUGGAUCACAUUUCCUUGAUAUUUUUGAGAGUUGUGGUAUAAUUGCUCAGUGGUUUUUCUUCAUUGAAAUUCCUGGGGAAAUUGAUUUUUAUUGCUAAUCUUGCAACAUGCGGGAUGUGUUAGAGAAACCAACAUUCUGGGUAUAUGUGCUAUGUUAAAACUAGUUGAAGUGCUCUGGUUGUUUUGUAUUUCGUUUUAUAUGUUACCACUUUAUUGUGAUUUAGACAGAUUUAAUCACCAUGAAUUGUAGCUUUGUCCCUGAUUUCUCUCCUUUCCUCUUCUGUAAUGCCUGUUAAGUAAGUACAACUUGCCAUGGACAGAAAGGAAUUUUCUCAACAAAGCAAUGUUAGGUUGUCCUUUACUAUCUUAUUAGCAGUGGUCCUUUUCCUAAGCAGAAGUUUGACUGUAUUAUUUGACAUAUUACUUCCAGUUUGUUAUCUUCUUUCAGUUUGCCUUUAGAAUGCAGCAAAUAAAGAUAAACUACUUUAAAAAAAUCUGCAGUACUAUUUUAAGAGAGAGGGUUUGUCAGUUACAAGUCAGGAACCUGGGUUCAUGAGGACAUUUUUUGUCAACAUUCCAUACCAUGAAGUGGCAUUGGAAGGAGAAGUCCAAUUUAUUUCUGAUU